UCUCUAAACGAAUUGAUCGGCAUCAAACAUUACUGAAGAGCAAAAUGGCGCAAGAGGCGAUGAGCAAGUACAGGCAAUUCGGCUUCUUGGUGGACGCUGGAGUAGAGGUGAGUCCUGAUGAGUACCUAACCAAACCGGGCAAGAUUGACGACCUUCUCCGAAAGGGCGCCAUUUACAAAGAUAAGAAGAAGAGGUUUUGGGUUGAUGGCCACGGACAUACCUGCUUCACAAUCUAUGCUAAGGGACUCCACAUCACCAACGGGGAUAGACCAAUAUAUUGGCAAUGGACGACUGACAGCGAUCGCAUCGAAGUGGCAAAAGCGCUGAAGGCGAGGUGGCUAGAAGUCAAGGGAUCGUUUUGGACGAUGGAUCUUUCGCCGGAGACGCUGUACAAAGUCUCGUUUCUGACGAGGAUGGAGGGGAGUCAGGGGACGUCCGUCAACAGCAUGGCCGAGCACACGGUGAGCCUGAGACUGACUCUCCCGGACGGGAACAACCAAGAGAGACAAGCGAUCUUGCCCAAAAAAGAAGGGCAACCACCCGGUCCAUGGCACGAGCUGGAGGUGGGGCUGUUCACCGUGACAACAGAUAAUGUGGGCAAGAUGGAAUUUUCCAUGCAGAGAUCGUUCGGACGAUGGAUGGGAGGGCUCGUCAUCGGGGGCGUUGAGAUCAAGCCCGUGUGAUCACAAGCAGUUAUACAAAUAUAUGUAAUAAGAGCGAAUCCGGAUGAAUUGCUUUCGUGGGUGUGACUAUAGUGUUACGUGUGUAUGGUCGCGCGCCCGUGUAUGCUGGGCGCAUUUUAUGUACUAAUGUCUUUCUAUUUCCGGGCCCUCGUCUCAUUGUCUAUGAUAUAUGUCCGUCUAUCGGUCUUAUGUUACUAGCCAAUAAUGGGAGGUAAAUCAAAGUGUUAGUCAAACAUAGUUUGAUUUAUGCUUUACCAUUUUAAUAUAUAAAAGUCAUUUGGGUAUUUAAUUAUUCACUUCACAUUUA